GAGCAGAGCCUGGCUGCAGAGCUGGGCCGAUAUGCUUCACCAAGCGAUGUGGCCAGUGUGGUGUUGGGAGCUGCGACAGUUCUAGAAUCGAAGUGGCCAGGGAUCAAAGACUUGCUAGCCGCGCAUCUUGCAGCUGCUGUGGAGCCUGCCCGUGAUCCAGCUGCUUGCGCAAAAUGCGUUCAGAUUGUCCAAGGGCUGGGUUCCUCGCCAGGUUUUGCCAGUCCGUGUCCUGCCAAAGGCAUUUGGGAGGUGAGGGACCACGUAGACUCUUUGCUAGGAGCUGUGUUCCGAGACAAGACCGUCCUGAAUGGCAUGGGUUACGACAUCGGGCGCCAUCGAUGGGCAAAAGCCGUAGUGCCAGAACUGCAGGAAGAAUCUAGACCCGGCAUUCGUGGGGGACGUCCCAACAUGCGAGACGAUCCAAAUCUCAUACAGCUUGUCAAGGAUCGUUUGGAUAUGUUUACCCAGACAAGCUCCCGCCUAUGUGUCAAAGGUCCACGGUCAUCUCAUGAAUGGCAAGUCGUUCGUACGCUGACAAAGGACGCGAACAGCAUUUACAAUGAUGAGCCGGACAUUUUCAGCAGUAUGAGCAACAGGACGCUGAAACGGAUCAUGCGCAAGCAUCUGUGCCAGUACAAACCGGCGUGGAACGAAAGCGAUUGGUGUCAGUACUGCUUUGACCUUGAGCACAAGAUCUGCCCUCAGGUGGCCGAACUGGUCCAGGACGUGCGCAGCAGGCUUGCUGCCUUCCUUCCUUCGUACUUUGAAGCCUUCGACACCUACGCGCAGCGUGAGGGAUUGCAGGAAUCCCCUGGUCUGCACCUGCGGAUGCUACGCCAUUUCAUCUACUUCCACGAACGCCAAGGGCCUUGCCGUGCGCAUUCGCGCCAGGGAUCUCUGCCUUGUGGUAUGGCUUCGAUGCGGAAUGCUCAGAGCGGAUUUCCGCAGCGUCAGCUGUUGGAUUUGCGGGAGGCAGAGAUCCAGAUUAACAAGGAGUUGAAGGCCAUGUCCAAGUUGCUCGACUCGUACCUCUUCCAUCGGGCAGUGAAUGCCCACCAGAAACCUUUGCUGAAAACCAUCUUGGACAAUCCAGGACAUGGCGUCCUUUCUAUGUUAUGCGACUUCAAGGAAUUGAUUACUCUGCCCAUCAUGGGCAAAACACCUGGUGAAGCAUUCUUCGCGACGGCGAGGAUGGAGCUAAGCUGCUUCGGCUGCGUACUUACCGAAAGCGCAGCAGGGAGUACGCAGGAGUGCCCGCAGGCGCAGAAGCUCUACAUCAUUCUCAUUUCGGACACGUUAGACCAUACUUGUACAAGGGCUAACCACUGCAUCGAUAUUUGCCUUCGCCAGCGGAGCUCGUCGGUGCAGUUGCGCGAAAUCAAUAUUAUGUCCGAUGCUGCUGGACACUUCAGAGGGUUUGAGUCCCUUUACCAUCAUUGUGUGAAAUUAGUGCGCGAUCAUCAAGUACCUGUCCGCGUCCAUUACGGAUGUGAGAAACAUAUGAAGGGAGAGUGUGAUGAGCUAUUUGGGUGGAUGGAGCUUGCCAUGAAGCGUGCCAAACAGAGGAAGUGCGAAAUCAAGACCAUGGAUCAGCUCAAGUGGUGGUUGGAUGAUUAUAGCGCGGCUAUGCGAGCGCAGGAUCCGUCUUCGCCACGCAUGACCGUUCUCGUGGACACGGAAAGGAAGCCCCAGUACGGAAGGCGACUGCUCUCCAACUCAUCUGAUUUCGCCAUUACUCGGACGUACAGUAUUACUGCAGUGCCCCUGGCCGCAGCUGCUUCACGUUACGGUGUCCGUGUGUACAACAACAUUUUCAGCUCGCGCCCAGUGUGGAAAGAGUUGACUUCCAGCUUGUAUGAUGAGCCUGCGAACAACCUGGAGGAGCCGUGUCGUAAGGGAUAUUACGGGUCUGGUCGUGAGAACUGGGACACUGCCCCGGUUCCUUUGAAUCAAAGCACUGAAACUGUCCUCACUAAGAGGCAGACGGCGCAGGAACGGCAUUUGGCACAGGGCUGCGACAUCAAAUACUCCCGGGAGCUUGACGACGAGGCUUUGCAGCAAGAGCUGAUCAAAAAGACUCAGAGGUUGCAAAGACGUCGAGCCAGGGUGCGCAUCAAGCAAGCUGCGCUCGAAGCCAAAGUCAGAGCCCAUCUUGCAAGUUCCAGUUCUAGCUCCAGCAGCUCGAGCAGCUCCAGCUCCGAAUGA